CCUCUCCUACCUGAUAGAUUACGAGCUCAGCAUCUGUGUGAUCCCAAAGCCAUUCCACUGAAGACACCCCAAUUGAAGAUGGCCUCAGACUGAGUUCCUAUCAGCCCAGGAAUAUACGAAGGAGAUGAAUUUUGAUGAAAUCAUCAACAAAUUGAAAGCUAUGAAGCCUUGAGAGCAAACUAAAUAUUAUCACACUUUACUAUGUGGACAUUGAGGCCCAGAAAGAUGAAGCCAUCUGCCCAGGCUGUAAUAGGACCACUCACCCACUGACACAUUUUAAUAACGACAUGAUGGGCACUGACAACAAUGGUGCAGUCAAGUUUUCGCAACUGUGUAAAUUUUGUGAUGUGAGAUUUUCCACCUGUGACAACCAGAAAUUCUGCAAGAGCAACUGCAGCAUCACAUCCAUCUGUGAGAAACCACAUGAAGUCUGUGUGGCUGUAUGGAGAAAGAACGAUGAGAAUAUAACCCUCGAGACGGUUUGCCAUGACCCCAAACUCACCUACCAUGGAUUCAUCCUGGAAGAUGCUGCUUCUACAAAGUGUAUUAUGAAAGAAAAGAAAGUGUUCGGCGAGACUUUCUUCAUGUGUUCCUGUAGCUCCGACGAGUGCAAUGACGACAUCAUCUUCUCCGAAGAAUACAAUACCAGCAACAUGUUGCUUGUCAUAUUCCAAGUGACAGGCGUCAGCCUGCUGCCACCGCUGGGAAUCGCCAUAGCCGUCAUCAUCAUCUUCUACUGCUACCGCGUCCACCGGCAGCAGAAGCUGAGUCCAGCCUGGGAAACCAGCAAACAACGGAAGUUCAUGGAAUGCAGCGAGCACUGUGCCAUCAUUCUGGAAGACGACCGCUCUGACAUCAGUUCCACCUGUGCCAACAACAUCAACCACAACACCGAGCUGCUGCCCAUCGAGCUGGACACCCUGGUGGGGAAAGGCCGCUUCGCAGAGGUCUACAAGGCAAAGCUGAAGCAGAACACUUCGGAGCAGUUCGAGACCGUGGCUGUCAAGAUCUUCCCCUAUGAGGAGUAUGCCUCUUGGAAGACAGAGAAGGACAUCUUCUCAGACAUCAACCUGAAGCAUGAGAACAUCCUCCAGUUCUUGACGGCCGAGGAGCGGAAGACAGAGUUGGGGAAACAGUACUGGCUGAUCACUGCUUUCCAUACCAAGGGCAACCUCCAGGAGUACCUCACACGGCACGUCAUCAGCUGGGAAGACCUGCGUAAGCUAGGCAGCUCCCUCGCGCGGGGCAUCGCCCACCUCCACAGUGACCACACCCCAUGUGGGAGACCCAAGAUGCCCAUUGUCCAUAGGGACCUCAAGAGCUCCAAUAUCCUCGUGAAGAACGACCUGACCUGCUGCCUGUGUGACUUUGGGCUUUCCCUGCGUCUGGACCCGACACUCUCUGUGGAUGACCUGGCUAACAGUGGGCAGGUGGGAACUGCAAGAUACAUGGCCCCAGAAGUGCUAGAAUCCAGGAUGAAUUUGGAGAAUGUGGAGUCUUUCAAGCAGACCGAUGUCUACUCCAUGGCUCUGGUGCUCUGGGAAAUGACAUCUCGCUGUAAUGCUGUGGGAGAAGUCAAAGACUAUGAACCGCCAUUUGGUUCCAAGGUGCGGGAGCACCCCUGUGUGGAAAGCAUGAAGGACAACGUGUUGAGGGAUCGUGGACGACCAGAAAUCCCCAGCUUCUGGCUCAACCACCAGGGCAUCCAGAUGGUGUGUGAGACGCUGACCGAGUGCUGGGACCAUGACCCAGAGGCACGACUCACGGCUCAGUGUGUGGCGGAACGCUUCAGUGAGCUGGAGCACCUGGACAGACUCUCGGGUAGGAGCUGCUCCGAGGAGAAGAUUCCCGAAGACAGCUCCCUGAACACUACCAAAUAGCUCUUCCGGGGCAGGUUGGGCCAAGGCCAAAGAGGCCUCCCCGCUCACCAAAGAACAGAGGCAGCAGGAAGCUGCCGCUAAACUGAUGCUUCCUGGAAAACCAAGGGGGUCACCCCUCUCCCUGUAAGCUGUCAGGAUGAGCAGGAACGACAGCAGCAGGGAAGUGGGUGACAUAAAGCAUUCUAUGCCUUUGACCUUGUCAUAGGAUAAGCUGUGUUAGCACUUCCUCAGGAAAUGAGAUUGAUUUUACAAUAGCCAAUAACGUGCACUUUAUUAAUGCCUGUAUAUAAGUAUGGAAUCGCUAUGUUUUAUAUAUAUCUAUAUAUGUCUUUAUCUAUAUAUAUAUAGCCAUACUCUGAAAAGAGACAAGGAAGAUCAAAUAUUCCCCGGGAAGCUGGUUGUUUUGGAGAGCUCCAGACCGAGCAGAGAAGGAAAGGAUCCAUGACAGCGCUAGCACUUGACGCUCACACAUGCAAUGGUUCUCUGCCUGUAUGACAGGGGGACUUUGCAUCAGGAGAGAGGCUUUAUGUCCCAGAGCCUCCUAGCAUCAUAUUGCAUUCACUUUUGCAAAAGAAUAACUCCCUGUAGGGGGGCUCUCUUCUGGCCAUGGAGCUCAGAGCUCAGUACAAUCAUAUUGUGUAGGGACCACUGUUUCUGGGCUUCCUACAUGCUAUUGUUUCUCCUGGACUUCGCACUUGAGCUCCAAACCCCACAUCUGAUUUGUUAACCAUCUUCCUCAGCCUAGUCCAGAAGGUCUGCACCAUCUCUAAUAGCUUAAAGUUUUGAGUCCUAUUCUUUUUUU